CAAUCCUCUGCUGCUGUCACUGACGUCACCCGGAGUCCGGACCCGGCGUAGCUCCGUCAGCGUCGAUGUGCGUCUGGCAACAAAAGAGUUACAUUUCAAACAGUUUGCGACAUUUUGUCGACGACAGUGUUUUGGGGGAAUUUAUCACAGGCAGCAGUCGCUAGUGAUGACACCGCCGCUGUUACUGUCCGUUGGAGGAAGAGGAAGAGGAAGGAGGUGAUGAUGAUGAUGAUGAUGAUGACAUGCAGUUAGCUGGCUGCCUGGCUGGCUGACGGACGGACUUGAGCCCACUGUGGUCUUCGGUGUCCACCCCCACUAAUCCAGACCAGGAUCCGGGACGACGAGAGGCGAAGAUGCCGCGGAGAAAACAGUCCAACCCGCAGCCGGUGAAAUUGGAGUCGGAGGACGGGGCGGUGGUAUGUGAGCCGGGCUGCCUGGUUCUGGAGAGCGACUUCCUGCUGAGCGGAGAGCUGGAGUUUGGAGACUCUGAGAUCAUGGGGCUUGAUAGAGAGUCUGGUAUGACGGUCUUCUCUCUGAGCGUUGAGGACGAUGCUUCAGCACCAACAGACUCCAGCUUCCCAGCUUUCCUCUCCUGUAAAGGAUGUGGUCAGCUUCUGGGAGACACGCCUCUGGCUGCAGGUUUAGAUCUGGGUGUGGGCCUGGACCUGGGGGCGGAGCUUUAUUGUCUAACCUGUGAGGAAGGCCUCCAGCAUGAAGCCUCCAUCAACUCCUCGCAGAUGGAGGGGUCAAACCUGGCGGACCGCUCCAUCAGCGGGGGCUCCGACAGGAAGAGGAGAAGUGUCGGCAAGACAGGCGGCGCUGUCGGCAUCCCUCCUAAAGUUUACUCCUGCUCGCUGUGCGCCUUCACCUCCCGCUACUCCAACCAUCUGAAGCGCCACAUGAGGACCCACGACGGCCAUAAGCCGUACCGCUGCCCCGUCUGCCCCUACGCCUCGGCCCAGCUCGUCAACCUCCAGCGCCACGCCCGCACCCACACCGGGGAGAAGCCGUACCGCUGUCCCCAGUGCAGCUACGCCUGCAGCUCCCUCGGCAACCUGCGGAGACACCAGCGCAUGCACACGCAGGAGAGACCGCAGAGGAGGGAGAAGGAGAAACGGCGAGGGAGACGGAAAAAAGCUAGUGCUGAAACUGAAGAAGUGGUGUCGGACCUGACCCUGCGAGUGUCCCAGGACUCGGGUUACCUCCAGACCUUGGGGGCCCUCGGCUCUCCCUCCGCCCCGCUCCCUGUCCUCCUCUUCCCCCUGUGCUGCCAGGUGUGUGGCCUCACGCUGGAGGAGGCCGACCUGGAGGGGGACAAGGCGGAGGGGGAGGGCGACGGAGGACAGGUGUGUCGUCGCUGCUCGUUGGACCUGCUGUCCAAAGAUGGAUCCAGGCCUCCCUGCAGUCCACCCGCUCCUCGUGGAUCCCGGCGGGGUCAACGUGGCACCAAGCUGUACCGCUGCCCUCACUGCCCCUUCCUGUCCCACUACCCCAACCACCUGUCCCGCCACGCCCACACCCACUCCGAGGAGAAACCCCACCGCUGCCCGCACUGCCCCUACACCUCCUCGCACCUCGACAACCUCAAACGCCACAUGCGCGUGCACACGGGCGAGAAGCCCUACCAGUGCCCGUCCUGCAGCUACGCCUGCGGGAACCUCGCCAACCUGCGGCGACACGAGCGCAUCCACUCGGGCGCCAAGCCGUUCCACUGCGGCGUCUGCGGCUACUCCUGCAACCAGAGCAUGAACCUGAAGAGGCACAUGCUGCGGCACACGGGCGAGAAGCCGUACGCCUGCGCCGAGUGCGACUACACCACGGGCCACUGGGACAACUACAAACGCCACCAGAGGAAACACGGACACAACACGGACAGCUGGGAGAAGCACGCACCCAUCAACGGCCUCAGCUGGGGCAAAGACACUCAGGAGAGCCAGAGUCAGGGACAGGAGCUCAGCUAGAUACACUGUGUGUGUGUGUGUGUGUGUGUGUGUGUUUUACUAUGUUUGUGGGGUCCAAAAACCGGUAAUUCACUAUACUUGUGGGUUCCGACAACUUUGUGGAGACAGAAAUGCAAGUUUAAAGGGUUGUUCGAAGGUCAAGUUUUAGGGUUUGGCACUUAUUUGUCAUGUUUGGUAUAAGGUCCCCACGAAGAUAGUGACACGUGAGAUACACUGGUGAACCUCCAGCAGCUCAGGUUGGAGCUAAACUCAGGUGCCUUUGACAGACUGCAGUGCUACACUGACUGUGUGUGUGUGUGUGUGUGUGUGUGUGUGUGUGUGUGUGUGUGUGUGUGUGUGUUGCAUACAAACAUUUGCAUCACACACACUUUUCUUUAGUAAAUGCAGUCCAGACUUAUCUUCUGGUCUUUUCUAUCUGUGUAACCGAUCUAGUGAAUUGAAAUGUUUAUUUUUUUUUCUCUACAGAUAAUCUAUAUUUUGUAAAUGUGGGUGGAUUUCUUUCAUAACAGCAGGGCGGAUCAUCAUCUCACAAGCAUUAAGUGGUUUUGAUUAGGUGGUGGUGAGUUUUGUUUUUUAUCCAGGAAAGGUUGCACUCAGUUAUUCAGUGGGGCUCCUGUGCAAGCUUCAGCCUGGUUCCCGACCUCCUGAAUCUUCGUCAAUGUCUCACAUUUUAUUUCCUGUUGUUUUUUUUCCCCCUCCAAUCAGAGCACUAUGUUUGCAGCAUUAGGAAUGGGGAUGUCAUUUUCCUACAAGCUACGUAGUUUUAAUGACAGAAAAAUUAUCACUAAAAUGUCAACGAAAACAGAAAAAUACUCUUAAAUCAACAUAUUUUUUCAGUCAUCAAAGCAAACGCAAACUGCUGCUACAAACCACUACCACAAUUGAGAAUUAUGUAGAUUAUUCAGGAGAAAACUAAACAAAAUCACGCAGCUCGCAGAGUAAUGGGGGGGAAGAAAUGUUAACUCAGUCUGAUCAUGAGGCUGGUGCAGGUUUCAAAGUUGAAAGGGAGUUUUACAGAGAAUUUUGGAAUUUGACAAAUUUAAAAAAUUGCAGAACUUUUUGUUGCUGGAAAGUGCAUCAGACAUGUCUUGAAUUUACAUCUUCAAUCUCAUAAACAUAAUGGCCUUUUAUCUCGCAUGUAAUUACAGCUGGAUUUGCGAAAUCUCUGACAUCCCUAAUAUGUUGUAUUCCACACUCAACAUGUCGAGAAUAUUUAACAUUAAAGAAUGAGUCCUUGUUUUGCUGCAUUGAGCCAGAAAAAUCUCUUGAAAAAGAAUUACAUGUUCAGACUGAAGCAAAAUGCUGUAAAAUCAUGACUUUAAAGAGUCGGGAAGGUUGGAGAUUUUAAAAUGCACAGGAGCCCUGCUGUCUGAGCGAGGCGAGUUUUCUGUUUGAACCUGACCGAUCCUUUCUAAUUUUUAAUUUUGUUUUUUUUUAGAUCUAUAUCCUGGAAAUUAAAUUAAUUUAUUCCAGACAGGGAGACUCCCUCACUUUUGAGACGACAUAGCUUGUUUCAGCCUAGAUGUAGUAAAAGAAUCAGCCUGUUUACCUCUCAGACAUCAACAAUUCAGGGAAGAAAAGAAACAUAUUGAGUCAAUAAACUCUCCAUUUUAUUAAAUCAUGAAAUGUUCCAUCAACCUGAAAAAGUUAUUGUUAUUUAUUUUCAGUUAUUUUAUAUAUUUUGUAAAAAUCUUGGCUCACAGAACGAGAAUUUGGUUUUGACAGAAGGUGAAGCUCUGUAGGUGAUGUGAAGCCCGUUUUCUUCAGGCAUUAUUACUCGUGUGUUAAUAAGCUAUCAAAUCAAGUAGCAGUCAAUCAAGUACAGGCUCAGAAAGCAGAUUAAGAUCAACUCUAAAUGUCACAACUGAAUUUUUCAGGCUAGUAGAAAUAUAAUGGACUAAACAAAGCUGGCUGGAGAAUACAAGAACGUUUUAGAAACCAGUUACUCAACAAACUGGCCUUUUGCUUUUUAUUAAUGAUGGUUGGUGUUCAACAAGCAGUGGCACUCUGAAUAGGGAUUUGUGAUACUUUACAGCAAAAACAUCAUAUAUAUAUAUAAAAAUAUGAAGCCCUCGGAUGCUCAAAAACGUCACUGCUUGUAUGUGCAAACCUUUUCUGUUUCCAUUUUUUACCGAAGACUGUUUGUGUUUAAAGUAACAGUUUAAUGUUUUUGAAAAUAUGCAUAUUUGUUUUCUUGCCCAAAAUUAGAUAAGACAGUCUUAAUUCAGGACGUGGUUAGCCUAGCUUAGCGUAAAGAGACGGUUAGAGUGGUUCUGUCCAAACUUUACAAAACACGACUACGAACACCUCCAAUGACACACGUUUUCUGUUUUGUUUGUCCGACCUGCACACAGACAGAAGUAAAAAAGUGUCGUCACAGUGAGGUUGCCAGGUGUGUUGUUCACAGUGCCUUCAUUAUCUCUAAUAAAACAAGUCUGAUUGAA